AUGCAUCAGCGGGCAGCCUCCCCGGCCCAGUCGGAGAUUGAGUUUGAUUUGACAAAGAGCUUGUUUGCCGCGGAUGAUGGCUCCGAUACAGAGCUCCCUUCAAAGAAGCAAAAGCAAAAGAUGAAGCCUGAAGUACAGACUCAGUCGCUUGAUAUGAUGGCAGAGUUAGAAGGAGAAGAGGACGAUGAUGGUGAUGCUUCAUUCAUUGCAACCGAACAAUCGUUGAUGAAUCGCAAAGCAUCUGCCUUGAAAGGCCGGACAGUAAAGAAAGGCGGUGGAUUCCAGGCAAUGGGCCUAAACCCAAAUUUGUUGAAAGCUAUCACACGGAAAGGAUUCUCAGUUCCAACCCCCAUCCAAAGGAAAACGAUACCACUACUACUGGAUGAUCAGGACGUUGUGGGUAUGGCGCGCACUGGGUCAGGAAAAACAGCUGCUUUUGUCAUCCCCAUGAUUGAGAAACUUAAGAACCACAGCACCAAAGUUGGCGCAAGGGGUUUGAUUCUAUCACCUUCACGAGAGCUAGCAUUGCAAACUUUGAAGGUUGUCAAGGAGCUUGGCCGAGGGACGGACCUGAAAUGCGUACUUCUAGUCGGCGGUGACAGUCUUGAAGAACAGUUCGGAUAUAUGGCGGGAAACCCGGACAUUAUCAUUGCGACUCCCGGCCGAUUCCUUCAUCUCAAAGUGGAAAUGAGCCUGGACCUUUCUAGCAUUCGGUACGCUGUGUUUGACGAAGCCGAUAGAUUAUUUGAGAUGGGAUUUGCGGCUCAGCUUACUGAAAUUCUGCAUGCGCUACCAUCUUCUCGCCAAACACUCUUGUUUUCUGCGACACUUCCAAAAUCGUUGGUCGAAUUCGCUCGCGCAGGCUUGCAGGAACCGGUCCUUAUUCGCCUGGACGCGGAUAGCAAAAUUUCUCCUGACCUUCAAAGCGCAUUUUUCACCGUCAAGUCUGCAGACAAGGAGGGUGCGUUGUUACACAUCCUUCAUGACCUCAUCAAGAUCCCUACUGGUGAGACUGAGGCUGGAAAACUUGCAAAAAAAGAAACCCACGAGGCAAAGCAAGGAACUUCGAAGAAACGGAAACGGUCAGAUAUGAAGGGACAGGGUGCGCAUGGCACGCCCACAGAGCAUUCAACCAUUGUGUUCGUGGCAACAAAACACCAUGUCGAAUACAUUGCCAAUCUCCUUCGGCAUUCUGGCUUUGCAGUCUCAUACGCGUAUGGUUCACUCAAUCAAACGGCGCGAAAAAUCCAGGUCCAGAACUUUCGAGCUGGCAUAUCCAAUAUAUUGGUUGUAACCGACGUUGCGGCCAGAGGAAUUGAUAUUCCUGUACUUGCAAACGUCAUUAACUAUGACUUCCCUUCUCAGCCUAAGAUAUAUAUUCACCGCGUUGGACGUACGGCAAGAGCGGGUCAAAAGGGCUGGAGUUACAGCCUGGUACGUGAUUCGGACGCGCCAUACUUAAUAGAUUUACAGCUAUUCCUUGGACGAAAGCUUCUUAUGGGCAGAGGGACUACAGAAAAUGCCAACUAUGCAGAGGAUAUCGUUGUUGGUAGCCUGCCGCGAAAGUCCCUCGAAAGCCACUGUGAAUAUGUGGAUAAGUUGCUAAGUGAGGAUAUUGAUAUUGAAGGGCUACGCUCAGUUUCCAUUCGAGGUGAAAAGCUUUAUAUGAGGACUCGAAACUCUGCUUCGGCUGAGAGUGCGAAGAGAGCAAAGGAUAUUGUUGCUGCUGAUGCUUGGGGGACAAUACACCCACUAUUCAAUGAUGAGUCGAGCAGGAUGGAAGUUGAAAGGGAAAAUAUGCUCGCCAGAGUCGGGGGGUACAAACCGCAAGAAACCGUGUUCGAAGUUAUGGGUAAACGGGGAGGAAAGAGUGGAAAUGAGGAGGCAGUAGAGGUGAUGCGCAAAAUACGUUCCGUCAUGGAAAGAAAGAAGAUACGGAGGGAAUUGGCAUCGCAGAAUUUGCCGUUACAAAGCUCGAAGGACGGGUCAAUCGAUGACGACGCAGGUGAAAACUUGGAUGGUAUCUCAGCCGAAGAUGUUGAUGCCUCAAUACAAAGUGAUCCCGAUAUGUCUCUUGCCGAAGAAUCAGACCUAGAAGUGACCUUCUCAUACCCAAAACAAAGCAAAUCCCGUUCCAACGGCCAGGAUGGCAAUCAAAGCAACUCUUUCCAAAACCCUGAAUAUUUCAUGUCUUACACCCCGACAUCUAUCUCGCUUACAGAAGAUCGCGGCUAUGGGGUCCAUAGCGGCUCAAAUUCGAAUACCAAUUUUGUUGAGGCUUCCAGAUCUGCUACCAUGGACCUUAACGGUGAUGAAGGUGCCCGCGGCCUUGGCGGUGCAAGUUCAAUUAAGCGUUGGGACAAACGGCAUAAAAAAUACGUCUUACGUCAGAAUGACGAGGAUGGCUCCAAGGGGGAGAAACUUGUGCGAGGCGAGAGUGGAGCGAAGAUUGCUGCAAGCUUCCGGAGUGGCAGAUUCGACUCCUGGAAGAAGGGGAAGAGACUUGGCCGGAUGCCCAGGGUGGGAGAGAUGGAGAGUUCCAAUCUCGGUAAUACGGGGGGUAUUAGUGGAAGGAAAUAUAGGCAUAACAAAGAACAAGCUCCAAAGGCCGCGGACAAGUAUCGUGGCGACUACGAGAAGAUGAAGAAGAAGGGCGAGGCGAUGCAAAAACGCCGGGAAGAUGCAGGGAUACCGACAUAUGGAGGCAAGAAGAAUGUCAAAAGCGAGCUCAAGAAUUCCGAGGACGUACGGAAGGCCAGGAAACAGUUGGAAAAGAGAAAGGAGAAGAACGCUCGCCCUUCAAAGAAAGGUAGGGGCCGAUAG